UGGAUGCGGGAUUUCACCCAGAUUUGAUAGAUAGUUGGUCGAAUAUCAGUUGAGAUUACCCCUUCCCAAUUUUGGCUUUUUAAGAGCCUAUUUUAAUACCACUCUCAGGGUGUGCUUCGAGGAAGGAAAUUACAACAUUUUGUCAUAAUGUGGGUCUCUUCUGGUCCGGAAUUUGUAAGUUUAUGAAAUCUUGAGGGAUCACCUCGAAUCGAAGAUGAGUGGGAGAUGAUAAGGAUUUGGAUAUACAACUUCUUAGGUCCGAGUCUAGCUCAUUUAGACUAGUUCGCCCCUAUCUAAUCAUCACUGUUUGUCCACAUGUCUCUUGUAAGGUCAAACCUUUGAGAUUUAACCAUAAAUGGCAACAAUUUCUGUGCUUUUAGUUUCAGAGUUGCCCACUCAGCAGAUUGAUGUAGGUUAAGUUACUUGGCAGGUUGGUAUACUAGCCAGUUUUGCUCAAAAAUAUCCCAUAUUUUUUGUUUGCUGAAAAGUUAAGUCUGGGUGAAAUUCUUUGUAAUUUUGAGAUCCAACUGGAUUGGUACGGAUCAGAAGGAAUCCUGAAGAUAAAUAAAAUAGAAUGAAACCUGUGACGGUCACCUAUGUUUUGGGAGCCAAAGGAGGUGUAUAAAUCUGUCUACACUUUUCGGUCUAAUCCUUUAUUACUGUUUUGUUUCUGACUAGAAUGAAAUCUUCACACUGUUGAUUACGUAUGCAGUGUCUCUAAGAUAAAUUCAAUGAAUUUUUUGAAAACUCCGAUGAUAAAAUACUUGGGGAUUUCUUGUAAUAGUCUCAGGGUCAUUGGUGGACCUUCCUCGAAGAAAGUUGGUACUAUUAGAGUUCGUCAGGCUGAUUUUAGUUCCAUUUUCGGCUAAAAGUUUAGUGACUCUUUGAAAGUCACCAAGAGAAAGAACAAAUAUGCUUUUAAAGCCCAAAAUUCUUAAGGAAGUUAUAAUAAUUAUGGACAUUGAGAAGUCAUUUAGUGAAUCAGAAUGGGAAUCAGAAGAAUGUAAUUCUGGAAGAAGAGGAAGCAGCCAAAAGAAGUCUAGCAGGACUCAUUAUACCACAGAGAUGCUUGAGACACUGAAUAAAUGGAUAGAAGACCAUCCUGACUAUCCCUAUCCGAAUUCAAUCGAAUUCAAAACUCUUAGUGUAGAGACAGGUCUUAGUGAGAGACAAGUACGUGUAUGGUUCACGAACACGAGGAAGAGGAGACUAGGAAUAACGCGUGAGGAAUUCAGGCUGAAACAGAAUACAUUUAUCCGAACUCGAGCUGAAGGAAGAGAACAGCCAAUUGUUCUUAAAUAGCGCUCCUGUCCCGACACUUGACCAGGCUGUACAAACAGAGCCACUUGUGGAGGCAAACUUAAUGUCAAAUUCUCAACAAAAAGAACUGAGAGCAAAGGCUCGGAUGGAUACUUAUUUGCCGUAUAGUCACUUUAUCAAGAAUGUUUACUUCACGGCAGAGAUGGUUGACCUCAACGAGAUGUGUCUCUGAGAUGAUAGGCUAGCCAAAUAUCUCGGAGAACUAGGCUACUGCGACUGCUCAAGGCCUUAGCCUGGCUAGACUCUUUCGGCAGCCACUAAUUUAUUGCUCUUUUAAUAAUUUC